CGUCGUCGACGGGGUGAGGGGAGAAAUAAUUAAUGUGCGACCGUACCUCUCCCCUCGCGGUACAGGGCACCCUUCCCCCCUUCCACAGUCUUGUACCGCUACGCUUAGCUGCCAUUGUGCCGAGACGCCACUUCCGAAGCAUCAAAUUCAAUUCUUCGAUUUCGUACCGCCACGAAAUUCCUUGCGAAAAGAUUCCGUAAAUCGGGGGAACCUGAAGGGCAUACGGCCUAUUGCGCUGCCGGCGGCCCAAUAAAGCCCGCCAAUAUUAUUCCUCGUGUACGAUCUCGAAGAACGUAUAUUCUUCCUUGUACAUCUUUGAAUUCCACGGAGGUUAGGUUAGGACAUUGCUUCCGUGGAUAUCGGCCGAUCGCCCGCCUUCCAACCUAGACACGAUCUUUCAUCGCGCGUUUUAGUCCGCGAGUUGAUCGCGUUACCGGUGGUGUCUACUGUGUUGUGACCGCGUCCUUCGUUCCUUUUGAACGGUCCUUCCAUCGAAAUUACAGGGAAACACGAUGCCCCGGUGCAUAUGAACGGGAAUGCUCCAACGGAGAUUUUGAGUUUCUGCAUUUCAAAGAAUGGAAGCCAUGGAUUUGGACGGGGAUGCGGUGGUGGACUUGAGUGUUAGCAGUGGCAGGAGAAAUUCUCCAUCGAUCACUGUUAACUCUGGUGACGUAGGAGGUCCACUGGAUUUAGGCAUACAUUUGUCAGCAAGUUCUAACGUGGAUAACAACAUGCCUGAAGCGCGUAACAUUCAAAAUGCAGCAAGAGGCAUAUUGGCCCCAAAAUCUGGGGACGAUAGAAAAACACGCCGUAAUCUUAGACCUAGGAUUGAAAUAAGUUAUGCAGAGACUCCUGAUGAACGUAGAAUAAAUGGUUACGUGAAUGGAAAUGCGGACAGUGAUGAAGGUGAUAUGCCCCCACUGCCACCGAUAAAAGAGUUGUCAUCGGAUGAAUUAGCCGAACGCGAAAGGACACUUAGAAAAUUAAGGGAGGAACUUAGAUCUGAGGAAAUGAAAUUGGUGUUGUUAAAGAAGUUGAGACAAUCUCAACAAUUGAAGGAGAAUAUUGCUGCGGUACCCAAAGUACCCAGUAAAUUACCUCCACCAGUUCCGGUACAACAAGCUGCUCAUAGUCUUAGGACAGCAAAAGCACCACCACCUUUACUUAGAGGACAACCCGCGCCAAGUAGGAGCAGCAGUUUACAUGCUCCUCCACCUGGAAUGUUACUACCACCUACAGUUGGUCGAAGCCCUACUUCUAGUACUGGAAUGCCACCUAACAUGGUCAUACCGCAACCACCUCAUCCUAGCAGGGGCAGACCACCGAGCGCGACACCAAAUGUAUCAAAUUAUCAUGCACCGGCAGACAGAACUGAGAGGUCCACUAAAGAUCCUACUCCCUCGCCGGCACAUCAAGUAAGUAAGCUGCUUGUUGGAUCUCAAGAAAAUAAAACCACCGCAUCCUUAAGCACACCUGUGAUUUCAGAACAGGAAAGACCAAGGGAUGAUAAUCAAACACCCGCGCAACGUCAAGCGGCUGCUAAAUUGGCUUUGAGAAAGCAACUGGAAAAAACGUUAUUACAAAUACCACCUCCGAAACCUCCGCCACCAGAGAUGCACUUUGUACCAAAUCCUUCCAACACGGAGUUUAUAUAUUUGGUCGGCUUGGAGCAUGUAGUUGAUUUUAUCACUAAAGAGCCUGCCAUUCCACCACCUCCGGAACCGUUCGAGUGCACUCAAUGUAAAACGGACUUCACACCUGUAUGGAAGUGGGAGAAACCGGUGACUGGUGGCAAAAAAGAAGGUCCGAGAGGACAGCAUGCAACUUUCCAGAGACCUCCGGCAGGUCGUGAUCCUAGAGUCAUAUGUGAACACUGUGUAACGACGAACGUUAAGAAGGCUCUCAAAGCAGAGCAUACUAAUCGGUUAAAAACGGCGUUCGUGAAAGCAUUACAACAGGAACAAGAGAUAGAACAAAGGUUGGCACAAGCAGCUUGUCCAAGUCCAGAUCCACCAGCUCCAAAACCAGUUCCUAAAGCAGCUACUCCUACAAGAAGAGUAGCAACACCACCAGCCCCUCCACCGCAAGUACCACCAGCGCCGACGCUAGCCCCAACUCCACCAGCCCCGAAACUACAAGAGCAUCCUUUGGUUAAAUUAGCAGAGAGUGGAAAGUUUGGUCCACAUCAUGCUGCUGCUGCAGCUGCAUUACAGCAACAGUUACUCAGAGAACUGGCAAAAAAUCCUGUACCAGGUCUACCACCUCAUCAACCUCUUCCCGCUCAUAUGAUGCCACCAUUUACCUCAAUAUUGUAUCCUUAUCAGCUAGCAAUGGCGCAGGCCGGCGGUAAGGGACUCGCUGAAUUACAACGACAAGCGGCAGAUUUGCAACGCCAAUAUUUGCUUGACAUGAUCCCGUCGCAAGCGUCUCAAGCGCAAGGCAAUCAAGCUCCGCCACGGGCCCACCCGCAUAAUUGGAAAACGUAACCAGACGCAUUUAGAGAUCGUACAGUAAAUGCAAAUAAAUGAAAUUGCAGAGCUGUGUUGUUAGAGGAAUAUCGAGAAGCAAGGAUACUCGCAUUCUUUUUUCCACGACGUCGUACUAAAGGGGAAAUAUUGUAAUGGAAUGUGACAGUCACGUCUUCAGGGCAGUUUAUAGGAUAAUGUACCAAUCGUACGAGAUUGGUAUCUUUUAUUAUAAAGUGAUGCUCAAAAUCGGAAAACAAUGGACAGACUGUAUUUCCUGUAUCAUUGUGAAGAAGGAUUACUUGGAUCAUCAUUUGUGAAUACGCAUUGACGUGUGAGUGUGAAUUUAUUGUUACCCGAAGGUUUCACCGUCUCGGAGAAGCUAAGCUUUCAGUUAAGAUACAUGUUUACCAUCGUUUGUUUUGUGGUUCAAAACGAAAGAAACGGAAGAAAGAAAGAAAGAAAGAAAGAAAGAAAGAAAGAAUAUUUGCAACCAAUGAAAACCAGACGGGGGAAAAAAAAAAGAUGAUCGAUGUAAUUGGUUUUUAACAACGGUAUCUGUUUUCUUCUUGCAUCGGUAUCGAACGAUACCGCAACGGAAAAUAGAUAAAUAAUGUCAAUCGAUUGGAGUAAAGUGCAUAAUGGUUUUUGGAUGCACCUGAACGAAUAUAAUUGCUUCAAUUAUAACAUUAUAUACGUACACGUAUAAAGAACCAAGUGGACAUUUAUAAGGCACUAAGGACAGUAAUGAGUGUUACGUGAUUUAUAAAUUGGUUGAUUAACGAUAUAGUAGUGAUAAACGAGGAGAGAAAAAAAGGCGUACGCGCGCGCUUCAACGCAGCAGCGAAGCAAAAGGAAAAAUGGUGGGAUCUUUUUAGGCCCUUUUAUAUAGUUAAGCCGACCUUUGUCGCUGGUUUUGAAUGAUUUUUGCAACCAUCGGCGGUACCUGUACUCUGUGUAUAUCUCUUUAUUUUCUUCAAACUGUGAGUAUUUUUAAGACGAUUAUAACAAGGAAAGAGUUGUAGGCUACGAUAAGAAACAAAACGAAAAGAAAAAAAAAGAAAGAAAAACGAUGAUCUUUAUAAUGAAAGUGUGCGUCAGUGAUAGUCAGGCAAAUGAAUGUGGGAGUGAUAGUAAUGUUUUUUGUCGGUACAAGAUAGGAUACGUAUUCAGCGUGUUUUUUAAACUAGAGUGACACGAGUGUCAUUCGCGCACAAAUGGUAGAAAUUUCGUAAUAAGUCGUUGGUUCGUAUAAGAGGCGCAGAAUGUAUUUAAAACAAAGAUUUUUCCGGCGAUGAAGAUUUAAAUUAAACGAAAAGGAAAUACAUAUAUUAAAUAUGUAUAUAUAAUAUAUAUACAGAUAUAUAUAUGUUAUAUAUAUAUGUAACACAAGAAGAAAAAAACAAAAAGAGAUAUGAAAGAACGAAAACCUGUCGAUUAGGGUGUAAAAUUUAAGCGCGAUUGAUUUACAUGUGUCACAUCGAUGUAAAAGUAUUUAAAGAAUUUAACAGGUCGUAUGUAUCCGAAGUUUCUUCUGAAAAAAAAAGAAAAGAAAAGAAAAGAAAAAGAAAACGAUCAAGUUGGCAACACGCCGAAUUUUUACGAAAUCCUCUCUGAAAGAAAAGGAAAGCAAAAAAAAUAACGUAUCUGCACUCACAAGAGUUAAAAUAUCUCCGGCACACGUCCCAGCAAUACUUAUUACAAAACCCCCCACUAAAUAAUCUGAUUUCAUUGAUUCCGGCUAAACCGAUCUUGGUCACAUUUCCGAAUCACUAAAUAUAUAGUUACUGUAGUCUUGAUAUUUCUCGGUAUAUGAUACAAGUUAAUAAACUAAAAUAGCAUAAUCAUCUCUCUAUCUCUCUUUCUAUCUCUCUCUCUCUCUCUCUCUCUCUCUCUCUCUCUCUCUCUCUCUCUCUCUCUCUCUCUCUUCUCUUUGUACUACGUGGAUAGAUUUUGAGCUCAUAACUUGAAUAAUACAUGUAACACCGUAGUAAGUCUACGAUCGCAUAAUAGAUCAAGAUCUGUGUUUUUUGUGUAAGAGAAUCGAAAUAAUGUCAUUGUCAAACGUCAUUGUUGCCUACCGCUGUCAUCCACCUUAAUCGUUAACACGAUUUGCUCGUAUUUAUUCGUUGAUCGCUAAAAAUAAGGGAGAGCAUGGCCUCUUAACGCAUAACCUACAUAUUUAUGGGGAUUACUCGAUUCAAUUUUUAGUCAUUCGAUUAUAAACCGACAGUGUUUGUCCGUUGCAUUUGAUCAGCGGUAGGUGCGGUGUUAACCUUGAUAGAUUUUCGUAUUUAUUUUGUAAUAAUUGCGUUUAUUCACCAGCCUCCCUUAUUUCGUGCGAAAUAUCGUUCUUUCAAAGAUGAAUAAAGCGAAGCGUGCAAUUUAGGCUUUUCUUAAUUGAAAGAAAACAUGGAGGAAAAAGUGUACCACCAACCUCGUCUUAUUUGUCAAUGUCCUUUCGUAUGCGAAGACCGGAAGUUCUAGGUUAGACUCCCGAAAAAUGAAGGCAAAUGGCGGGAAACUGCUCCCCCUACAUUUUUCUUUUAAGAGAAGCCUCAGUUGCACGCAGGUGUACCCAUCACUCAUACUCGACUGCCUCGAAUUCGCCUGUAAGAUUCGAAAGAAAGAAAACAACCGCUACGUUUCUUCCUAUCUUCCUUUUCUAGUCUUGUCUUUCAUCUCUGCGUGGUGCUGUUUACGAACUGAACCGCUCUCAAGUGCGAAACUUAAUAAUUUUAUAAAUAAAAAUAGACAGUCUUAUCGUUGCAAAUUCGACAAUGCAGGACGGUAGUGUGAAAACAGAGAUCGAAGUUAUAAUUUCACACGGCUAAAGCAAUACCUCGAAAUUUGUAAAACAGUAUUUUUGGAAAGUACUUGGAAAAAAAAUUGAUAUUUCGUGAGGGCGCAGAACGCGAACUAUAACGAAAAAUAGUAAAAAGAAAAGAAAAUUAAUACUCGGAUCGUCUCGAAUGUUGUUCAACGGAAAAAAAAAAUAACAAGAACAAGAACAAGAAUUUUACGUCCAAAAAUGUUCGUACACCGUAUCUUAAGUCUGGCUACCUGAGAAUCUCUCUGCCCCCUAUUCCCCACAUCCACAAAUUUUCUAGGAUUAGUAGCUAAAAAGUACAGAUAUACCGAAUACUCUGGAGACUACACGAAUAAAGCUUAAUCAAUGAUUGUAUUA